AUGGAUGACUGGGACAUGAUCUUUGAAGGAGAGACGCGAUUGUACCAAUCACUGUUUCCAGAAACCGAGAACAAAUACCCCAGGGCGUUCUCAACCAUCGAAGGCGCCACCACAUUGACUGAGAGCGAGGUGCAGGUACUCAAGCCUGUUCCUCGCGAUGCCAGACACGUCGGUGGAGACCACUCGCAAAGGGCCGUGGACCGACCCAUGACGCGGUCUCAAGCUGUAGUCGGACAAAAGAUUGAGUUCUCAUUCAACAGGAACGCCCGGCCGUUUCUUCGACAGCGCGGCAUACCUAUGUAUGCGCUCCUGUGUGCAUCCGCAGCAGCGCUUCACAGAAUUGUCCUUGGAGCAAGGACGAAGGUGCUCACCAACGUGGCACUGCGGCGGAUUAGGAUCCGCUUCGUGUGGCCGCACCCGGCAGGUUACGAGCCUGCGGCCGAGGUGUACGAGGAAUGGGUCCCCGUCAACGACACGCUGACACGGCUGCAGCUGGCGAUGUUGGUGGCGCAGGUGUUCAAUAGGUUCGUUGAGCAACAGCGUACAUCCCGUUUAUCCCAUUACGAGGUGUUCGAAUUUCGGCUACGCCAAGACGCGUUCUAUAGGGUUUGGCUUGUCAGAUUAGAGCGCGUGGAGAGCAAUCUCUUCAUCGCCGACUUGAAUUAUGCGGUAUCAGACCCGGAUGAAUAG